AUGGCUCUUUCAGCUGAGGAUGCACAGACGGCUGGUGCUGUUUGGGAAAAGAUUUAUGCAGAUGUUGAGAAUAAUGGUGCUGUUGUGUUAAGUAGAAUGUUCAAAGAACACCAUCAUACUGUGAGCUACUUUAAAAAUUUUACACAGCUGCAGUCUGUUGCUGAGACUGCUUCUGCUGAGGAGAUUGCAGCCCUGGCUGAAGUUCGAGCCCAUGGGACGAAAGUUUUCUUAGCCUUGAAUGAUAUGGUGCCACACUUAAACAAUGUGGAUGCUUUAAAAGAAACUAUUGCUCCAUUAGCCAAGAAGCAUGCUACAGAGCUUAAAGUAGAUGUGAAGGACUUUGGGAUAAUAUUCGAUAAUCUGUUGGCACUUAAAUCUAAGAUGACUUCUCUCCUGCACGAUGAUGUCAGCUCCCUCUACCAGCCUGUUGGACUUCAGCUCAAGGAGCUCACGCAUUUCCGGCUGGCCGCUGCUUCAAAAUGCAAGCAGGAACAGCUGGCCUGGCUGCGGCAGAAGAACUUGUUGUUGGAUUAUGGGGAAUCAGUGAAUCAUGGCUGCGGAAUGCGAUGCUGCUGCUUCAAAUGUGAAUGCAUCGGGAACGGCUGGCCUGGCUGCUUCAAAUGA